ACAGCAGCGGCGCGUUGGCGUGACGUCACACAUGUGCGCCGAGAUUCAUUUAUCAUAUAGAAAAGUCACUUGGCUUUCAAGUUGAAAGUUAUUCCGUGGGCAAAUUUUGUGUUUAUGACAGAUGUUUGUCUUGAUAUCUUUACCUGACUGAUACUGAUCCACUCACUCCGUCCUCGACGUCGGUUCCGUACCACUCUAGUGAUGUCUCUGGGUUUCCUGAGGUUUGUUUUGAGUCAGGCACUGAGCCGCAGUCCUCGUCGAACCAUCAGCCAGGUCAGCUUAUCACUGGCAACCAAACCAUCAACCCUCAGGCCAGCAUGGUGUUGCCAUACUGUCCCGUCCUGGCUCUGUAUGUCCUUCUCCACAGACACUGAGAGCGGGGGCACAGACGUGACAGAUACCCAGAAGGAGACUAAAAAGUUGGACCCAAAAACACGGGUCACUUUUGGCAGCGUUGGUAGGAAGAUUGGCCAGCGUCAUAUACAGCUACUGGGUGAGGAUGGUGAGGAUUUGGGUACAAUGCACCGUGCCGAAGUGAUACGACUGAUGGACCAAACAGGGCUGAAGCUAGUUGCCAUAAAUGACAAUUGUGAUCCUCCAUUAUACAAACUGAUGAAAGGGAAACAGAUCCACGAGGAGCAGAUGAAACUUAGAGACGCACAGAAAGCCAAGAAAGGGCCCACCCAAUCAAAGGAGCUCAAUUUCUCCUCAGAUAUUUCCCUUCACGAUUUAGAUACUAAACUGCGGCAGGUUGUCAGCUGGCUGGAAAAGAAGAACCACGUCAGACUCACUAUCCGAGCAGGAACAGACAGUGGCGCACCACUGGACAAAGUCUUAACUCAGAUGGUGGAGAGGAUAUCAGUGCCUGUUGGCUUUGUAUCAAAACCCUCUGUGGUCCGUGGGGGUCGUGCUGCCAUGUGCGUCCUUCGGCUUGCCUCCGCUAAAGAACUGCAGAAGAAGGAAGCAGAGACUUCGAACAAGAAUUUAAAACCUGAUUUUGAGACACCAACAUCCCCUGAUACCUCCUCUACAGAGGAGCCAAAAGACUUAAAGCAACAAUAAAAAUUUAUGCAACAGUG